GUUCGUAUUAAAGAAAAACACGACGGCAUCAACGAUGCAUGUACGUUUGAAGCCAGCCAGAUUCUACUCUUACAUGAAUUCCGUACGAAGCAGAACUUUAUUGGAAAGGAUUCGGUCGGUCGACCUAUAGCGAUCCCAGUAAGGUACAAGAGGAGUCUUUUAGUGUGUCCUUCAUCGAUAAAUUGCGGACGCGAUCCCAUAUUCGUCUCCCAGAUGUCAAACGUUUAUCCCAACGUCAAGUUCUUCCGCGUUAUUCAAAAUGCACAAAACGAAGGAGAGGCAAGAUUCUUUCAGCUGGGAUCCAUCGCAGAGGUCGACCAUAUUGACGAAACAAAUUUCGAGGUGAAAUUUAAAGAUGUUGAACAUCCUCUACCGUUUAGUUGUGGUAUAGCAUUUGAGGCGCUUUUGGAUUAUCGCGUUUACAAAUUGAAAGACGCUGUGAAGGCAUUUGGCUUGCCAAUAAAGGUGCGCUUUUUGUCCAGUGGAAAUGACAAGAAUAAACUGGAUGAUGAGCUUGAAAAUGACUUGGAAAAUGUCGGAAAAGUAACGAUUUCGCGUAAAUCAACAUGUAAGCUGGAAGCGUUUGCAUCGAGCAUAGAUUCUGAUGCCUUAACUUUUCCCAAAUCGCCUGUGAAAUGUUCGCUAAUAUCAAAAGAAUCGAAGCUAAGCGUUUACGUGGCACAGAGGAUUCUUGUGAAAGAUCUUCCUUUUAGGAGGAUGCUACGCCAUUACAACAGCGAGUUUCACGACAAAUACGACCUAAAAGAAUUGGAUAAAUUCGACAAAUGUCAGUAUCUAGACAGGCCAGAUGGAGAUCCCACACCGGAAAUAAUCGGCUUCAUUUUGGAAGCGAAGAUUUCUGACGAGAACGACACAACUCCAGGAACACCCGUCCCGAGUGCUCCAACCGCGCAAACGUGCGAUCCUUCCUCGCAAAAUGGAAAGGAAUCGUCGCCAAAAAAUAAUAAAGAUUGCGAGGUUAUUGAUCAAGUGACAGACACCGGAGAAUACCACGAUGGUAUCCUUAAGAUAAAUGAAAUAGACGAUUACGAGUCGCCAACGGAUGAUCACGUGUACGAGAGCGUGAGUGACAAGGAUAUGCCAUGUGGUGAUCACGUGUACGAGAGCGUGAGUGACGAGGAUAUGUCAUGUGAUGAUCAAUAUUAUGAGCCCGCGGAACCUAAGAGGACGGUGCAUACGGGCGAUAACAAAUGCGUUCUUCAAUAGAUUAGUUUAUCGUAGAGGUAAAUCCAAAGUACGAGCAUAAUGGGCUCAGAGGUGGCGCCAGAGAUUCCACGACACAGGGGCUAAGGUCCUCGACAGGGGGGCUGGGAACUGGACUCAUUCUUUUAUAAUUAUUGCGAAUAUAAAGCUUCCAAAAAAAGCCAACUAUGUUUGGUAACACUUUGUUUAAAAAUAAGUUUCUAUUCCUGCAAGGCGAAGCUUAUGAUAUUAAAACUUAAAGGUGGCUCACAGUCGGCAAUGCAAACAAACGCUUUGAAUUCCUAGAACUCUUACAUAUUGAAUCGCUAAUCCUCUUAAAAUAUCCUGCCCUAUCGGGAUAUUUAUUAUUACCAUUGCAAGUUCAUUAUUAUUUCAGUUAAUGUUCAAAGAAAUUCAAAACAUGGAAAACUUAGGCAAUUUCUAAAUCAUGGAGUCCCGUAAUGUUAUGAGGAGAACCGAUGUGCAGAAGCCGCUGUAACCUGUCUUGGAGGAUUGUUAGCGCUGUUGUGAAGUGUUUUCCACUGUGGCGUUUUUCAUACAUGCCCAUACAUGCCCGUACACGCCGGUAAAAGCCUAAAUGCUUAUAUAAGUUAUGUUCAAAAAAACUAAGUGAUUAAAUCAAAAUAACUAA